AUGGAUUUCGCUGCUCUCAUGUCCAAGGAGAUCUCCAAGGCCAAAGCUCCCAAUGCCACCAAGUCUUCUAGCGGAGAAGAAGGUCAAGGAUCACCCGCAGAGCCAACAAAGAAAUACCUGCGCCGAGGAGAAAUUGAAGCUGCGCGCAUCGCGGCCUACAACGAGGAGCAGGAACGGUUACAGAAGGAGCGUGAAGAUCGCUUGGCUAACAAGCGCAAGUUCGAGGAAGAAGAGGCAAAUCGUCGACGGGAACGCGAAGAGAAAAAGCGCAGGCUCGCCGAAGAAUCGAGGAAGAAGAGAGAGGAGGAAGAGGAGGCACAGGAGCGUGAACGGCGACAGAGACUCGGUCUUCCCGAACUGCCCUCAAAGAGUGGCGACAAUACCCCGGAUCCCGAAAGCCAGCAGGAAGAAGACAUUGAGGAAGACGAGCUCAUCGAGAAGCUUAGAGGGCUUGAUGAGCCGGCGCGACUGUUUGGAGAGAACCAUCGCUCUCGACUUCGACGAUAUCGUCGCCUGGUUCAGCGCGCCGCUACGCAGCAGAAAAUGACAGAUGGACCAAUCCCUACGAACUUGGAACCUGUUCCUGGUGGGGAGAUGAUCAUUCCGGCCAAGAUACCCAAGGAGCCCGAGGGACGUCUAUUUCUGCUUCGUCAGCUGGCAUCCUAUUUCAACAUGGUUUUGUCGGAAUGGGAGCUUGCUCUCGCCAAGCGCGAUGUAACUGUUCGACAAAGUUUCCAAGGAAAACAAGCAUACAAUGCUAUGCUGCAGUCUCGAGAAAACAUGAAGCCGCUGUACCGCCGACUUGAAAAGGCGGACUUGGAGGAUGGGCUUCUAGAGCCGAUCGUGGAGAUUGUCCAUAAAGCACAGCAACGGAAAUACGUCGAUGCUAAUGACGCAUAUCUCCGUGUGAGCAUUGGAAAAGCUGCAUGGCCCAUUGGUGUGACCAUGGUUGGUAUUCACGAGCGCUCUGCGCGUGAAAAGCUACACCAGAGUGACCAGCAGGCACAUAUUCUGAGUGACGAAGCAACACGCAAGUACUUGCAGAGUAUCAAGCGGUGCUUGAGCUUUGCACAAGUUCGCUGGCCCCCCGAGGAUCAGCUCCAGAUCAUGGGUUAG